GGAUGACAACUUCUCCAGCCGAAAUAAAGCAAGGUUUCAAAAGAGCUUUUGCUGCUCCAUGGCCAGAAAAUCUUCGUUAUCAGGAUGAUGGCCGACCUUUCUGGAAGCUUAUUGUUUCUGAAGCAACUGGUUGUAGUGACAAUACCUACUUUGAAGAAGUAUACGAGCACUAUGCAAGUGGUGAGGCAUGGCAUCUUCCAGCUGGAGCCUAUGACGCCAUAUUGAUUCUGAAACGUUCAGGAGUCAAACUGGCCGUUGUAUCCAACUUCGACACCCGGUUGAGGAAGAUAUUGAAAGAUCUGAAUGUGUUGGAUAUGUAAGCAUCAAUCCUUUCUUUUAUGUUUGCUCAUUGUCAAGAACACUUGGAUUUAAACUACCUUAUGUCGGUUGUCAAAUAUGGUCCUUGGUCUUGAAUUUCAGUAGGUAUAUACAUAAAGAACUAAAUGGUCUUAAGUUUGAGCCUUGAAACUGUGGGAAAUAGUUGUAUGAUUUAAACCCUUCAGAUUUACUAGGAAUUCUCAUCUGCAUGAACUGGCAAGGGCAAUGCCUGCUUGAAAUUUUUGAAGAUACAUUAUUUAGGGCAAUGCCUGCUUGAAAUUUUUGAAGAUACAUUAUUUAUCUCUUUACUUUUUGUGCUCU